AUGGAAGACAGAUCAACAGUCCCGUAUUACCCUUCCCCAAAGCGAGGGGCUGAUGGGCCGACACCUGGUUACUGGGCCUUGAAAGCCAAGCAAACUCAUUUCUGGCCUCGCGGUCACCGUCUCCGCUUAACUGCAGGGAAGCUGCUACAUGAGUUAGGGAAGCUCCGACUUGUUCGCGAGCCAGGAAUUCGAAUCUGGAAAGAGACUCUUACCGGCGAUGACUUCUACUACACUGUUUCCUCACGGAUUUCAAACAUCACAGCACUCCUGGCGCAGUGUGUCGGUGUAGUUGUCGAGCCUUGCCAUUCAUGCAAACAUAAUCUCGGAAUGUUUUCUUCUUGUGUCAUCAUUCCUGGGCUCCGUCAUCUCAUUCCAUGCUGCGCCAACUGUUACUUCAAUGGCCUAGGUGACCGCUGCAGCUUUCAUCAACAUGGCUUCCCUGAAAUCACUCAUCCCGAGAACCAAAACGGCCAAGGCGAAGCUUCCCAGACUCAGGAUUCUUCCGUCAAAUCAACCCAUGAGCAAAUUGAGGAACGAAGGGAGAUGCUUCUGCAACUGAAUGAGCAGCUUGAACUGGCAGUCGAAGAAAGAGACAAGUCUGAGAUUGCUGUUAAAGAUGCGGAAGUUGGGCUAUUGACCGCCAGAGUAGCGUUGCAAGAGAACAAUGCUAAAAUCGACAAGGUUCUGAUCUCAAAGGAAACCCUUCUAUCGGACUGGGAGCAGGAGAUGGCCUAA